AUGGCUCGUACCAAGCAGACCGCUCGCAAGUCGACUGGAAGGAAGGCACCGUGGAAGCAGCUGGCCACCAAGACAGCUCAAAAAUCGGCACUGGCGACUGGUGGUGUGAAGAACCCGCAUCGCUAUCAUCCUGCAACGGUAGCCCUGCAGCUGAUUCGUCGCUAUCAGAAAUCAACGAAUGUGUUGAUUCGCAAAUUGCCAUUGCAACGUCUUGUGCGAGAGACUGCACAAGAUUUCAAGAUCGACUUGCGCUUCCAGUAUUCUGCUGUGGUGGCUCUUUAG